CCGCCAAAAUUUUGCCGUGAGACCCAACUAUCGCUGCCCCUCAUCGUCACAGCGCCGACAACGAGCGCAAGAAGACGUAUAGUCAGAUAUCCUCGACGUGAAAGGCGACUUUCCCGAGACAAACUGCAAUAAACCCGCCAUGGCCAAAUCAAAGGCGCCAAAGCGCUCCAAUGCGGCCUCAUCGAGCCCGUACGACCGACCUUCAAAGCAAGCCAAGCAACAGCAGGCCGCCAACAAUAUCUUCAAAUUCAACACAUCCAGUUACGGACAACAUAUUCUGAAGAACCCUGGAGUAGCUGAUGCAAUUGUGCUCAAGGCUAAUCUGAAGCCCACCGAUACCGUACUCGAAGUCGGUCCCGGAACUGGUAAUCUCACGGUUCGCAUCCUUGAUAAGGCGAAGAAAUGUAUCGCCGUCGAAGUCGAUCCGCGCAUGGCGGCCGAGGUCACAAAGCGAGUACAAGGCAAGCCCGAGCAGAAAAAACUUGAAGUUUUACUCGGCGACGUUAUAAAGAUGUCUACGUUGCCCGAAUUUGACGUUCUCAUAUCGAAUACCCCGUACCAAAUCAGUUCACCGCUUGUUUUCAAGAUGCUCGCUAUGCCCCAUCCCCCGAGGGUUGCCAUCCUCAUGUUCCAACGCGAGUUCGCCAUGCGCCUGACUGCGCAACCGGGUGAUAGUUUAUACUGCCGUCUCUCGGUCAAUGCACAGUUCUGGGCCCGUUGUACGCACAUCAUGAAAGUAGGCAAGAAAAAUUUCAACCCACCUCCCCAAGUCGAGAGUAGUGUGGUGCGCAUCGAGCCAAAAGUCGGCAGUGAGCGUCCGAAUGUGUCUUGGGAUGAAUGGGAUGGCAUGCUGCGCGUUUGCUUCAAUCGAAGGAAUAAGACUCUGAGGGCCAGUUGGAGUUCACGAGAAGUGCUCAACAUGGUAGAACGAAAUUACAGGCUCUUCUGCUCGAUGAAUAACAUACCACUCGAAGACGGCAUAGCAGAGGAUGAGGAGGAGGAGGAGAAUGAGGACAUGGAUGUGGACAAUGUAGGGCCAAGUGCUGGAGAUGAGGAUGAAUGGGGAGGAAUCAUGGAGGUCGACGCCGAGGCUGAUGACACCCCAUCCUUUUUCCAGCAAUUGAACGCAGCCGGCAGCGAAAUGCCCAAGACCAAAAGCAAAAAGCAAAAGACGAAAGUGGCUGCACUGGUACGCAACAAAAUCAGGAAAGUCCUGGAGGAUGUGACGGACCUGGGGAAAGAGAGAGCUGGAAAGCUGGACGAGCAUGCUUAUCUGAAACUCCUCUUUGCAUUCAAUGCCGAAGGGAUUCACUUUGCCUAGGGCGGCUGGGCCUAGCCAUGUUCUGCAAUCGGCGUUAUGGAAACGGAAAAGGGAUAGGAGUUCGGAGUGGAAGGUAUGGAGACCAACCAUGGCCAGGAUGCCGAAAAGAGGACUCAGCAUUGGUAUGACAUAGAUAUGGAUUUCGCCCACCCGUGGAAACCUCCACGCGAAGCAACAUUUAUAUACAGCCUCGGGUGGCACAUCGGUAUUUCUGGACACGACUGCAAGUAAGGC